AUCCAGUCUCUGGGCCUCUUCCCUCCUCCGUUCCAAAUCCCAUAAGCCUCGUGCCCUCGUGGGUUUCGUUGUUGCAGAAACCAGAAAUCUCUCACAGAGAGAUUCGUCUCUCUUUAUCUCUCUUUAUAUGUAUCUGCUUUAACAGAUCUGAGAGAUAUUCGGCAGAAACUGUUAAAGAUGAGAUUUUCCCAUCAAUUUGCGAUCUGGGUCUUGUUUUCGCUCUUACUUCUUCAAUCUGGAGAUGGGUUUUAUCUUCCGGGUAGUUACCCUCACAAAUACCAGGUCGGCGACCAGUUGUCGGUGAAGGUGAAUUCUCUCACCUCCAUCGAUACUGAGAUGCCAUUCAGCUAUUACAGUCUUCCCUUCUGUAAGCCUCUCGAGGGUGUUAAGGACAGUGCCGAGAACCUGGGUGAGCUUCUCAUGGGAGAUAGGAUCGAGAAUUCUCCUUACAGGUUUAAGAUGUACACUAACGAAACCGACAUCUUCCUCUGCCGAACCGACCCCUUAUCAGCUAAUAACUUCAAGAUUUUGAAGAAGAGGAUCGAGGAGAUGUAUCAGGUCAAUCUGAUACUCGACAACCUUCCCACCAUUCGGUACACCAAGAAGGACGGCUAUCUACUCCGGUGGACUGGUUACCCGGUCGGGAUCAAGGUUCAGGACUUGUAUUAUGUCUUCAACCAUUUGAAGUUCAAGGUUCUGGUUCACAAGUACGAGGAGACCAAUGUGGCUCGGGUGAUGGGCACUGGAGAUGCAGUUGAGAUGAUUCCCACAAUCGAGAAGACUGGAUCGGGUACACCAGGUUACAUGGUUGUUGGGUUUGAGGUUACCCCUUGCAGCUACCAACACGACCCAGAGGCGGUAAAGAAGGCGAAGAUGUACCAAAAGUACCCAUCACCGAUCAACUGUGAUCCCUCAACUGUAGCAAUGACUGUUAAGGAAGGUCAGCCUAUUGUGUUCACCUAUGAAGUCGUAUUCGAGGAGAGUGAUAUCAAGUGGCCUUCAAGGUGGGAUGCCUACUUGAAGAUGGAGGGGUCGAAGGUUCACUGGUUUUCGAUCCUCAACUCUUUAAUGGUUAUCACUUUCCUUGCCGGAAUUGUCCUCGUCAUCUUGUUGAGGACCGUCCGGAGAGACCUUACCCGGUACGAGGAGCUUGACAAGGAGGCUCAGGCCCAGAUGAAUGAGGAAUUGUCUGGGUGGAAGCUUGUUGUGGGGGAUGUUUUCAGGGCUCCAAGCAAUCCUGCACUGUUGUGUAUAAUGGUAGGGGAUGGGGUUCAGAUUCUUGGAAUGGCAGUUGUGACAAUCUUGUUUGCUGCCCUGGGAUUCAUGUCUCCAGCUUCUCGUGGGACACUCAUCACAGGUAUGCUGUUCUUCUACAUGGUGCUUGGAAUUGCUGCUGGUUAUGUUGCUGUUCGGCUUUGGAGGACAAUUGGGUGUGGUGAUUACACAGGAUGGGUUUCUGUUUCAUGGCGUGUUUCCUGCUUCUUCCCUGGUAUUGCUUUCCUGAUACUAACCACUCUCAAUUUCCUUUUGUGGGGUAGCCACAGCACAGGGGCCAUUCCAAUUUCUUUGUUCGUUAUUCUCAUUCUGCUCUGGUUCUGCAUCUCAGUACCCCUUACUCUUGUGGGUGGGUAUCUUGGGGCCAAGGCACCUCACAUUGAGUACCCAGUUCGAACCAAUCAGAUCCCUCGGGAAAUUCCAUCUCAGAAAUACCCAUCUUGGCUAUUAGUCCUAGGAGCUGGAACCCUCCCAUUCGGCACCCUCUUCAUUGAACUCUUCUUUAUAAUGUCUAGCAUUUGGAUGGGACGUGUUUACUAUGUUUUUGGCUUCCUGUUCAUCGUUUUGAUCCUUCUCGUUGUGGUCUGUGCUGAAGUAUCUCUAGUUCUGACAUACAUGCACCUCUGUGUGGAAGACUGGAAAUGGUGGUGGAAGUCCUUCUUUGCCUCUGGUUCAGUUGCCAUCUACAUCUUCUUAUACUCCAUAAACUACCUCAUAUUUGAUCUCAAGAGUCUGAGUGGCCCUGUGUCCGCCACUCUUUACUUGGGCUACUCACUUUUCAUGGUUCUAGCAAUUAUGCUUGCAACUGGUACAGUUGGGUUCCUUUCCUCUUUCUGGUUUGUUCAUUAUCUAUUCUCUUCAGUAAAACUAGAUUAAGCCUUCCCACCUUGAGAAGCAUUCUUUCAAGAGCAAUGGUGGAGAUACAUGGAAGCAUGCAGCGUGAAUCCUGAUCAUGGCCUUUUGAACUUCUGUACCUUCUAUCUUGGGUUCAUUCUGUUGUUCAGAAACUUGGUGAAGGUAAUAAUAGCCUCAUCCAGUUUUGGUUGAAUUUCUUGUUAGAUAAUUGCUGCACAAUACGGUUGUUUACUUGCAUUUUGAGGGAUAGGAGUAGCGGCAGUUAUUGGUAGUCAGGUGUAUUGCUUCUUUUUAUUUCCUUUUCUUUCUUUUCUCUAUAUUUGGUUAUUGAAAAGAAAAGUUUAUGACUUCAUGUAUGAAUUGUAAUGCAGAAAAUCAUGGAUCUUCAGUUUAUGAUCCACAGUUACCUUCUGAUUUCUGUUGUUGAAAAUUCUAUAUUAAACAUGUGAAUCUUCAAGAACAAAUUGUAUCUAGGAAAUGAUGUAGCAAACUGGCAAUUUGCAACAAAUGAUUGUGGUCACAUUGUCAUUA